GGAUUUGAGCUUCAACCGUCUCUCCAACUCGAUUGCUUCUUCCAUCAGCACCCUCUCUGCCAUUAAGACGCUAUCUCUCUCUAACAACCUCCUCAGUGGUUCCGUCCCUGCUGAAGUGCUUGUAAAAAUUACCAGCCUGCAAAAGCUCGAUCUGGGGUACAACAGGCUAGCGGGAACUGUUCCUGCAAGCAUCACUGGCCUGACUGCCAUCACUAGCAUUGACCUGAGCAACAAUGACCUGUCGGGCCCGCUGCCAACGAGCAUCAGCCAGAUCACCACCCUCAAGGCCCUCAAUCUGAAUGGCAACGAGUUGACCGGCUCCAUACCUUCGCAAUACUCCACUCUCACCAAUCUUGGAACUCUCAAGCUCUGCUGCAACAAAAUUAGUGGCACCCUGCCCGAUAUUCUUGGAGGGCUGUUGAAGCUGGAAACACUUGACCUGAGCAACAACCGUCUGCAUGGAACUCUUCCCACUCAAUUCACCGGCCUUGUCCGUCUCACCCUCCUCAACCUGCGCAACAACCAGCUGACAGGCCCCGUACUGCAGCCCAUCCCAGCAACCCUCACCUCCUACAAUCUCGAUCUCAACUACUUCUCCUCAGGCUUCUCCUCCCCACCCAACUGCUCUCAAGGCGCCAUCUCCUUCCGCUUCAACUGCCUCCUAACCCAAGGCUACGCCUGCCCCACGCCUGCCACGCCCUCUGCUGAGGCUGCAGCAGUGCAGCGGCCAGAAGUUCUCUGUUCUCUUUUUUGCGGCGUGAGUGCUGCCGAUCCCCCGUGUGGCGGGCAUGGCUCGUGCUAUGCGGCCGGCCCAAACAAAGUACCCACGUGUGACUGUGAUCCCGGGUUUGUCAACGGGGAGUUGCCUGGAAGCUGCGUCCCUGAAGGAAGUGUGCCGGGCGACCCAGUGGACAUUGUGCCGACAGCAGCACAGAUAGAAGUCAAAGGGAAGGCGGCAGUAGCAACUGACAGCACCAUCACGCUCACAGACUCACAGCCCAACAUAUGGGGCGCAGCGUUUUACAAAAUCCCUGUCGCGCUCUUCUCCUUCUCCCUUAAAGCUGGUUCAUGCGGCCGGCCAUUCGCCUUCACCGUCUAUUUCUCCUUCUCCAUUCUCAAACCAACCACCGCCAACGCUGGAUCAGAAGCAGGGGACGGGUUUGCGUUUGUGAUUGCAGCCAGUGACACUUUAACAGGCGGUAGCAGCGGCAGCAGUGACGGCAGUGGUGGCAGCGGCAGCUUGGGGUAUGCAGGCAUGGAUGAGCGCAGCAUAGCCGUGGAGUUUGACACUUCUAAGAGCACCGAUGCCAACGACCCAGACAGCAACCAUGUGGGGCUCAGCGUUAAGGGCAAAACCACUUCCAUCGCAACUGCCAAACCAGCCCUAACUCUCAACGACGGCAUUCCAAAACAUGCCUGGGUUGUCUUCGACCCCUCUCCUUCCUCCUCUUCUUCCUCUAGUUCUGCCAGUGGUGCCAGCACCGCUACCACUAAAGGCACGGGCUUGCUGCAAGUGUUCCUCUCAACCAGCGCGUCCCCCCAUCCGAGCAAGGCAGUGCUGUCUGUGCAGGUGUCUCUGUGCCAGUACCUGAAGCCCACCAAACAGGAGGAUUCGUUCCUCAUGGGCUUCUCUGCUUCUACAUUAGCUUCCCCGCAGCAGCACUCCAUCCUUGCCUGGAACAUCAACGCAGGCCAGCAGUUUGGGUUCCAACUGAGCGAGGCAUCCCUAAAGCCAGUGGGGGCUAAUCCUUUCUUCCGCUAUGCCAGUGGGGGCGUGCAGCCUCUUCAGGCGCCAGGAACAGCAGCAGGAGGAGAAGCAGGAGGGGCAGGAGGCGGGGAGGAUGAGGAGGUGUGGGUUGUGAGCCAGGCGUUCUCCUGGGCUGACCUGGGCCUCCCUUGGCCUGUCAAGAACCAGGGUCCCUGUGGCGACUGCUGGGCGUACGCAGUGGUGGGCAGCAUAGAGAUGGCAUACGGAAUCCUCUCCAACCUCACUGCCGUGCCGCUCCUCUCCGUCAUUCAACUGCGAGACGCCCUCAGCUCCUCAUGCUCACAAGGCAACUCGCCCUCCCAGGCCUUCCAGUAUCUCAUCACUCUCAAUGCCAAGGCCAACAUUGGGCUGACGGAGGAAGGGAAGGGGGGGGUGGUGGUGAGCGGGGGCAGGGGCAGGAAAAAUGGCAGCAGCGGUGCGAGCCCGCUCUGUGGCAUGCCUGUCUUUGCUCAACUUGUGAAAGUGUUUGGCAUCUCCUGCGGCAAUGGCCGGACCCCUGGAACGAGCAAGCUAUCGGGGGGGCCAUUCAGAGUGAACGGGUUUGAGCGCACAUCAUUCCACGGCUGGUUUGGGCUGCUGCUGGCCGUGCAGCGACAGCCCGUGGUGGUGCAUGUGCAGGCCACCGCCCCCUCCUUCCUUAACUAUGAUGGGCUAUCCAAGUACGCGGACCCAGAGUGCUUCACGUACAACCUGAACCACGUGGUGCUGCUGGUGGGCUAUCGCCUCACAGGCUCAGACCCCACCUUCCCGCACAUGGCGCCGCCCUUCUGGAUCAUCCGCAACUCAUGGGGCCCAGAGUGGGGCGACGGCGGGCACAUGCGGAUGGACAUCCAGGGGGGCGACGGCGUGUGUGGGAUCAACACGCUGCCUGGGAUCUACCCGGUGGUGCGCGCUUCUGCCGACCCGUGCAAUGUGAACGGCACCACCAGGGAGGAGUUUGGAUCGCUGUUCAACCCGUGUGGCAAAUUCACGUGCACUGUUGAUGGAAGCAGCAACCGCUGCGAUUGCAAUGACCCGCGAUUUGUGGAGGCUCGUAAUCCCGACAACACGCGCACCUGUGCUUACAAACCUUAG